UUCCGCCGCGGUGGGGCUGGCGCGCUGCCCUGGCAGCGGGCGGAGAGGCGGUGAAGAUGGCGGUCAGCAUCCGCGGCUGCUCCGUCAGGAGCCUCCGCAUCCGAGGGCGGAAUGACAGCGGCGAGGAGAACGUACCGCUCGACCUGACCCGAGACCCUGCAGACAACCUUCGCGAGAUCCUCCAGAAUGUGGCUAAACCCCAGGGAGUAUCUAACAUGCGAAAGCUAGGACACCUGAACAACUUUAUCAAAUUACUUUGUAAUGUUGGCCACUGUGAAGAGAAACUAGGUUUUACUUAUGAAGAAAUUAUUAUAUGUUUGCGAUUAGCAUUGUUAAAUGAAGCCAAAGAGGUGCGUGCAGCUGGUCUCCGUGCCCUCAGAUAUCUUACUCGAGACUCCAGUAUUCUCCAGAAGGUGCUGAAACUGCAUGUGGAUUAUUUAAUAGCUAGGUGUAUAGACAUCCAACAGAGUAACGAGGUGGAGCGGACACAAGCACUUCGAUUAGUUCGGAAGAUGAUCACUGUGAAUGCUGCACUGUUUCCCAGCUCUAUCACAAAUUCCCUGAUUGCUGUUGGAAAUGAUGGCCUCCAAGAACGUGAUCGAAUGGUCCGAGCCUGUCUUGCCAUCCUCUGUGAGCUAGCACUUCAGAACGCUGAGGUGGUGGCCAUCCGUGGAGGUCUCAGUACCAUUCUGAAGAAUGUGAUUGAUUGUCAGUUGAAUCGGAUAAACGAAGCCCUCAUCACAACCAUUCUGCAUCUGCUAAAUCACCCAAAGACACGGAAGUACAUUAGAACUGAUGUGGAACUAGAGCAAAUUCUAGCACCAUACACAGAUUUUCACUACAGACAUAAUCCAGAUACUGCAGAGGGGCAACUCAAAGAAGACAGAGAAGCACGGUUAUUAGCCAGCAAAAUGGCAAUAGUAGCAGCCUUCCGAUCCUGGGCAGGAAUUAUAAAUUUAUGCCGGCCGGGAAACUCAGGCAUCCAUUCUCUGAUAGGAAUACUUUGUAUACCAAAUAUGGAAGUACGGCGUGGUCUGCUAGAGGUGCUGUACGAUAUCUUCAGACUACCUACUCCUGUGGAGACGCAGGAUUUUUCUGAAGCUCUGCUCAGUGUAGAUCCCAGCCGAUUCCAGGAUUCCUGGCGUCUUUCUGAUGGAUUUGUAGCAGCUGAAGCUAAAACCAUCCUCCCGCAUCGAGCCCGGUCCAGGCCUGACUUGAUGGAUAACUAUUUGGCACUUGUGCUUUCUGCAUUCAUCAACAAUGGACUCCUGGAGAGUCUGGUUGAAGUGCUAACAAGCAGCAAUGAUGGUGUGUUUGUACGGGCCACCAUCCUGCUAGGCGAGCUCUUGCACAUGGCAAAUACUAUCCUGCCUUAUGCGUACAGCCACCACUUACACUGUCUACCAACUCUCAUGAACAUGGCAGCUUCCUUCGAUAUCUCUCAGGAAAAGCGUCUGCGAGCCAGUGCAGCUGUGAAUUGCUUGAAGCGAUUUCACGAGAUGAAGAAGCGGGGCUCAAAACCUUAUAGCCUGUAUCUGGAUCACAUUGCACACAAAAGUGGCUCCAGCUCCCAGAAACGGGAUCAGCAUCUGCGUAUCCAGAAAGACAUUUUCGUCCUGAAGGACACAGAGGAGGCAAUGAUGCAGAACCUACGUGACAGUGAUGUCCUGAAUAACAAGGACAAUCUGCGAUGGAACUGGAACUUGAUCUCAACUAUUCUUAAGUGGCCCAAUGUAAACCUGCGGAAUUACAAAGAUGAACAGUUACACAGGUUUGUGCGCAGACUGCUGUAUUUUUACAAACCCAGUGGUAAGCUGUACGCCAACAUGGAGCUGGAUCAUGCCAUGGGAAAGCAGCUGACCAUAGUAGGCUGCCAAUUUAUUGAGUUUCUGCUCGAGUCCAACGAGGAUGGUCAGAUGUAUCUGGAGGAGUUGGUGAAGGACAUUGUGCAGUGGCUGUCUUCCUCCUCCGGUCUCAAACCUGAGCGGAGCCUGCAGAACAAUGGUUUACUCAACACCCUCAGCCAGCACUACUUUCUACUUAUUGGUACCCUGUCUGCUCACCCACAUGGGGUCAAGAUGUUGGAGAAAUGCAGCAUGUUUCAAUGUUUGCUCAGCCUCUGUUCUCUGAAGAACUACGACCAUGUGCUAAAGCUAACAGUCUCCACUUUAGACUACAGCCGUGAUGGCUUGUCCAGGGUUAUCCUGUCCAAAAUCCUUACGUCAGCCACAGAUAGCUGCAGGUUGUAUGCAACAAAACACUUGCGUGUUUUACUACGGGCCAACGUGGAGUUCUUCAGCAACUGGGGCAUAGAAUUAUUAGUGACACAGCUGCAUGAUAAAAAUAAAACCAUCUCUUCAGAAGCACUUGACAUCCUGGAUGAGGCAUGUGAGGACAAGGCUAACCUGCAUGCUCUGAUCCAGUUGAAACCAGCUUUAACCCACCUUGGAGACAAAGGCUUGCUAUUACUCCUCAGAUUUUUGUCCAUUCCUAAGGGAUUCUCCUACCUGAACGAAAGGGGUUAUGUUACCAAACAGUUGGAAAAAUGGCAGCAGGAAUACAACUUGAAAUAUGUGGAUCUGAUUGAAGAAAAGCUAAAUGAGGCACUCACUACAUACCGCAAACCCGCUGAUGGAGAGAACUAUGUGCGUCGCAGUAACCAGAGGUUACAGAGGCCAUAUGUUUACCUGCCUGUUCACCUAUAUAGCCAGUUGGUGCAUCAUAAAACAGGCUGCCAUUUACUGGAGACCCAGAGCAUUGUUCCAGACUUGAGUUAUGUGGUGCGUUCACCAGCACUGGAUAAAUGGGAUGGUGUAAAGCAGCUGAAGGCAGCACUCUGGGCCUUGGGAAACAUUGGAUCAUCUAACUGGGGACUGAACCUUCUUCAAGAGGAGAAUGUGAUCCCAGAUAUCAUCAUCCUGGCCCAGACCUGUGAGAUUCUUUCAGUCAGAGGGACGUGUCUGUAUGUGUUAGGCCUCUUGGCAAAAACAAAGCAGGGGUGUGACAUCCUGAAACAGCACAACUGGGAUUCGGUCAGGCAUAGCCGCAGGCAACCUUGGCCUGUGGCCCCAGAUGACAUGGAGCAACUGUACAAUGAGCUAUCCUCAAUCCCCAGCACUCUGAGCCUCAGCUCUGAGUCCACCAGCUCUAGACAUAACAGCGAGAGUGAGGCAGUGCCUCAGAGCAUGUUUAUAAUGGAAGAUGAUCGAUAUGGGAGCAGCACAACGAGCACCUUCUUUCUAGAAAUCACCGAAGAGGGAGAGCAGUCUUUGUCAUUGAAGCCUAAGUCAACAAAGGAAAAGGAACGAAGCCCUUUAAGCAUCCUCAGCUCUUCCAAAUUCGUCACCCGGCGCUUCUUCAACAAUUUGACCUCAUUGCCCAGCAAGAAACUGCGAAGUAGCAGCGAGUCCAAGUCUGCCAAAGUAGCAGUAGACAGGAAGCAGGCCCAUCAACGUAUCCGGGCGGUCACUGAGCCAGCCAAUAGCACUGAGUACCUGCAGAGUGAGGUAUUCACAAGCAUCCUCAAUGGCACCCGAAUGCAUAAGAGCCACACGUUAAGCUUGGAGACCUCGUUUGUUGGGAAUAGGGAUCACGGCAAUGGAGGAAGCUCACAGAGUAUCUCAGAGUCUGAACUGAAACGCCCAAAGACAUUGUUGGGGGAAAAUCACAGGGAGCAGGUUACCAAGGACAGGCCAGUGGGGGAUGGCACAACUGGCACACAGUUCAAAAGCCGUAGCCAGAGCUUUAACACGGACACGACAACUAGUGGCAUUAGCUCUAUGAGUUCGGUUAGCUCUAGUCCCUCGGGUGAAACGGUGCGUUUAGACACAGAGUGUGGCAGCCUGAAUACAGUUGUCAGUGCACGGACGGUGAAGACCAAUGUGUCCCCCACACCCCGUUCCAACCAUCUACCUCUGGCUAAAUCAAACUCUGUGUCACUGGUACCCCCAGGAUCAUCUCACACUCUCCCACGAAGGGCACAGUCACUCAAAGCACCUUCUGUCACUACUAUAAAGAGCCUGACUGACUACAACUUCAGUUACACAACCCCACGUGACGCUUUUGGGUACGCCACCCUGAAGCGACUACAGCAGCAGAGGAUGCACUCAUCACUAUCGCACUCUGAGGCCCUAGCAUCUCCAGCAAAGGAUGUGUUGUUCACAGACACAAUUACCAUGAAGACAGGCAGUCUGGAUUCAAGACUAACACCAAGAAGGUUCAUCAAAGCGUUGAGCUUCGCCUCACUGGACAAAGAAGAUUUAUUAAGUCCGAUUAAUCACACGACACUUCAGCGCUCUUCCUCUGUACGCUCCAUGGUCUCCAACGCCACCUAUGGCAGCACAGAUGAUUACAUUGGCCUAGCACUGCCGACUGACAUCAAUGAGCUGUUCCAGGUGAAAGAGAUUCCUUACUUCCAGCAGAAAUGCAGCCCACCUGAAGAAGAUCACUCACUCCAAGGGCAGGAAUCAGAGGACGAAGACACUGUAUCGUCCCCUUGUUCUCGGAGUCCUUUCCAAGAGCUCCGGUCACAGAUCAGUUUCACAGAGGCAAUGCUGAAAGCAUCAGAAGAUGCUCCUUCAGUUGACGCUAUAGAGGAGACAGGCUUGCAGGAACAUACAGACGAUAGCUGCCUUUACUGUGUGUGCCUGAAGAUUCUGGGCUGUCCACCAAACAGCCAGUGCGCUUCCACUUUAAACCGUGCAGGUUUUCCAGACGUUCUGUAUUCUGACUGCUGUCUGCCCGCCAUCCCAAUCCACGCCCACCUGGAAGUCGCAUCUCGCUCCUCAAAGAUUUCUGGGAUCUCUGGGUGCAGUGAUGCUGUGUCGCAGGGGUCUGCAAGCAGCACCAAGAGCGUCGAUAUAGUAAUAGCAGGGAAGCCAGUCACAGACAACAAGCCUGCCUGCAGAGUGCUGCUGCGGAAAGAGGUAUUGCGAUUGGUGGUUAAUCUGAGCAGCUCAGUUGGGACAAAAGGCCAUGAAACUGGGCUCUUGACGAUAAAGGAAAAGUUCCCUCAUGCUUUUGAUGACAUCUGUCUCUACUCUGAAGUCUCUCAUUUGCUGGCAAACUGCACCUUUAGACUCCCCUCCCGCAGAUUUAUCCAAGAACUCUUCCAGGAUGUUCAAUUCCAGCCACUGUACGAGGAAGCAGACACUACUCUUGCAUUACCCAAGCAGCUGGAAGUUGAACUGAUCCUUGAAUCCUGACCGAGCCCAAGCAGAAGUAUUGCCACUUCACCAGACCUAUGGCCAACUUCAGCCAGGAUCUACUGGUACCAAUGGAUCCACCAUUUCGAUUAGCAAGGCGGGAAUGGCGACUCAGCAUUCAAAUCUACAGCGUAUGUGCAGAUCCUGGCCUGGUGUCUGGCUUGUUCUUAUUUAUUUCCCUUUCCUCUAUCCUGAACGUGAAGGUAUUCUUAACACUACUGGAGGUAUGAAGAAACUUGGGGCCCAGUCCUCGGUAUCAGGCACUGCAUGGUUCUGGGUGCUUUGCCUUACUGGAUGGAUCUCCCCAUUUAGCUGCUCGAUGCCAUUGCACAGAUGCACACUCAUCCCAAACCUUCUCACUCCACCAGCACUGCCUUUGUUUAUUUCAAACCUGUGCUCGGUCUGUUCAAUACCCUUGUACCAAGAAGGGGGUCCUGUUUUUCUUUUAAACUGUUACAGUUUAUCGAAAAGGAUGUCCUGUAAUAAUCUCGUUUAAAUUAUACUGGUUGAAUGGGCACAGUUGGAAUAGAAUUGAGCUGCUAUACCUUGCUUCACAGGAGAGCUUUAACUGCAUAUUGCAUCUGUGCAAGCAGUGUGAUGCUUUGGGCUUAACUAGCACCUCGCCCCUGCUCUAACCAGAUGACAUGCUGUUCUUUUAUCAUGGGCUCACUCGGAGGGCAGUUUCCACCCUGGAGCAAACACAGUAUAUUGACCACUGCAUUAGAGGAAUGGGCGAAUGGGCCAAAGGGGAAUACAUGGAAAUUGGCCCCUCCCCGUGGUCCUAGAGCCCAGACUAUUAGCAACCUCUUCCUCUCCCACAGUCAUCCUAAGCUAUAUGGGAACCCCUUGCCCCACCCUCGUGUUACAUAGGAACCCCUGCUCAGGGUACAUUGGAACCUCUUCACCUCCAGUUCCUAGGAUGUUUUGGAAUUCCUCCUACUCACCCUGCCACCCCCCUCCCCCCCACCCCAACCCAGUCCAGAACCUAAGAUACAUAGGACACUCCUCGCUCUUCAUAGACAGACAUGGUAUGGAUUUUUGAAGAUGUCCAAAUGAUUAAGUAGCAGAUCAGUGGUACCACCAGUUCCAGCUGCUCUCUGUCACAUUUUCUCAGUCACUGCCUGCCUGUCUCCAUUCCCUGUCUAUCCUCUACCCCUGAUGUGUGCUGGCUUCUGACUGUAGCUGUAUUUGCGCUGCAGAUGAUCCUGUGUAAGUUGAUGUGAGUAGGUAUUGCGUUGAGAGAGCAGUGCAUCAGUCUGCAGCCUUUCAGUGUGAAGAGGGGAGAACAAGGAGUGGGAAUGGGGGUCAGAACAUAUAAACGAGCUCCUGUCGGGCAUAGACUGUUUAUUAAACACACAAGAGUUACACCUGCCUGAGACUGCAGGAAGAUUCUGCUUGUUGGUGGAGUCAAGCAAGUGUGGACACUUCUUGGUACUUCAGCCAGUAUGGGUGGUACCUGCAGAUGAGCACUUUCUCAGUCUUGGGUGGGUUCCAGCCAGAGAGUAUGAUCUAUAGCAUCCAGUGCUACUUCAGAAAGCAAAUGCUAGUAGAGCUAGUGUGGUAAUCAUGUGGAAUUUAGAGCAGCAGAGUGUUAGCAUCUCUGAUGGGCUGCAUCUCACCAGGUCUCAUAGGCAGCUAAAGCAGUGCCUUUUCUGUCGAAAUGAUAAUUGUUCUCAGCACAGGUGUAGAGGUGGUGGGAGGGAGAAUUGAAAGUGUGUCAGAGUUCUGGUGUCAGUAGUUUGAAAGUUCAGGUGGUGAGGUGUUGAAAUCUCUGGGUUGCAUGUCUGAGUGGUUGGAAUGAGUUGCUAAAAUGUUUUCACUCCCAGAAGCAGGCAGUGACUUCCAGCAGACAGUAGUGAGGAGAGAAUGAAGGGAUGGGUCCAGAAUAAGGUGCUACCUCAUUAAACCCACCCCCAGGACUUGAGAAAGAAGCUGCUUAUGAAAUCCCUGCGACACAUGGUGGAGGGAGUCUCUUCCACCCCCCCUACAGCUCACAAGUACUCUGUCUUCCAUCUGACUCUUCCCACAGCAGUCUCUCUGCCACCCAAACAAAACUUGACAGGCAGUGCGCUGUAAUUAACACUAAUCAAGUUGACCAGUUGAACCAGUCAGGAGUGGUGGUGACCAUCUUACUGUCAGAUGAUUUUCAAGCCACUUGAGAUAGGUCAGUAAUUCACUAUUAACUUUGUGACUUUAUCAUCUUUGCCAUCUUCAGUCCCCCAAAUCUUACUGGUAAAAAAGAUUAUGCAGGAACCUUCCUCCUUUGUCCUGUAGUCUGUGUGCAUUUGUUCUUUCAGCUCAGUCUCUGAAUCUUGUGCUGUGUUUCCCGUAGUCAGUCAGUUUCCAUCUCACAAUGUGCAAGCGCUUCCUCCCGAGACUUUGGAGAAUGCGAUUGAAAAGAAUCAAUGGUCUCAAAUUGCACGGACAGUAUGAUUAUUCCUUAAUCCAGCAAAUGUGUUUGCUAUUUUGGGGUAUUUUGAAGGGGAAGGAAUAAUUAGUCCGGAGAAGGCAAAACGCCCAAAUAGAGAGGCGCAUCGAAGGUGGGCAUCGUAGCCAUCAUUGUGAAUGUGUUUGGUUUUGUUUCUAUGUGAUAAGCUGCUACAUUAUUGGGAUGUUCUGGUGUUCAACAGUCACUGAACAUAUACCUGAUUUGUAUGUAUACCUGUAACAUAGUCUGAUUAAAAGAAAUUAUUUAUAUAUUUUCCAUAAGAGAAUAUUUCAUAAAGCUGUGUAUAAUUUAAAUAAAGCAGAGUGGCUUUGGAGAGUAAUGUUUUUGCGUUGCCACAUUGUGGUUUCUUUGUAUAGUGUGUACAGUCUGUUUCUGGGCAUUUACCCUCUGAUCAUAAGAACUUAUCAAAGGAAAUGCAUUGUUAAUUAACAAUAAAAAACAAAUGUAUCU